UCUGAUUCUUUUGCAGAGUCAAAUGUCAAAUGAUAUUGUGAUUGUGAUUAUCCAAACUGGUAAAGGUCUUGUUCUUUUAAAUAUAUUGGAUCAAUUUCGUCUCCUAGUGAAAAGAAAAGAAUAUAAAUUGAGAAGAAAGAUGAAUCUUGAAAUAUAUGUGCAAGGAGAAGCAAAAGCAUCACCACUUUUACUGUUGUUAUACCAGUCAAAACUCUCUACAAGUUCUUUGUGUAGAGAACAAAGCGUGGCCCUUGUAACUUUUGAGGCUCUAUCCUCCUUAUCCACACUUAUUGUUCCAGUAGCUUUUUACAUAUCUCAAAGUGGAAUAUUUUCUUUCAUAAAACUCACUAGUCACUCAAAAUAAUAUAUUUCCAGUGAAAGGAGAGAAUACAAAGCGAUCCUUUUCAUAACAAUCCAAUUAGAAAUGAACACAAUGGUUUGAUUGUUGGAUGAAAGGGAAGGCUCAGUGAGUGUUGUCAAGGCUGUGGACCUGGUUCAAGUUUGCUAUUGGAACUUUUCCGACUUUAAUUUCUAAAGCGAAUUCUUCGUUUGUUUUAGUUGGACAAGUGAAUUUCUAUUAUCUGCGUUUUUUUUAAGCUCUGCAAGUGUUUCUUUUAUAACAAUCCAUCGAGUCCUGAGCUCUGAGUUCCGUGUAGACUGUAGUUUCUUUUUAGUAUUUACAGCUUUUAUUAUCUCUUUGGAGUUUAUAUACUUUAUGCAACACUUGUUUUUAUUUCACUUUUGGUCUUGUAUGGAAAUUUGAGAUUAGCGUUGUCGAGAAGAGAGCAAAGACAAAGGAGUUUAAGCUGUGGUUGAGUGUUGGUACUUUAGUCAACUAGUUGUCUCACAAGUUUUUUUAUUUUUAUUGAUAAUUGUUUCAGAGCAGUUUUGCGUAUUUAUUAGCAGUUGAUAGUCUAAUCUUGUAGUCUGUUGUUGAGAAACAGUCUUUGUAGGUUGAUAUUUCAAAGAUAUUUUGCAAGAACAAGAAACCAGUCAGACACUCAGUUGAGUGUUUUGUUCAGUACACAGCGUUACUUUCCGUAUGAUAGUUUUUUGUCU